AUGCCUCUAUCGCAAAUCGAGAAGAGCGUCACACACUUGCUUGUGGCGACCAAGCAGCUUCUCGAGACCUUGACACAAUGGUCGCGGGGUCAAGCCACCGACGGCCAGGUGUCCGAUGUGUAUGUAAGAUUGGGAUACGAGUUCAACAUGGCCUGUCGGGCUUUCACAGCCAUCAACGUGGACACAUCCGACUUGGGCAAUGUCCCCGAGUUGCUACGAAGCAUACUUGAGGCUACCCUUAGCCAAGAAGCAAGCACCGAGAGCUUGGAGAAAUACCUUCCGCGCAUUCGAGAUAUCAUCAUUAACCUGCUCCACGGAUUGAAGCGCAAGCAGCAAAAGCUGCGUCAAAAGCAGCCAAGAGAUAGGGAGAGUGGGGGCUCAGCUGGCGCACCCGAGCGGACGACGAGCACGAGUACGAUCGGUAGCGCGAAUACUGGUUUGACGAAUCUGCUGGAGGAGGGCAUCCAGAAUGGAUACCGGCCAGACGCUCAGAGGGAAUCUUCCCAAUCAGCCGGUGCCCCAGCGAGCACAUCUCCGAGCCGUCGCUACAUACCCGCGAGAGACCAGUCGCGCGGCUCCGUCAACUCGGAGCAGUCCUCCUUGUCCAGCACCACGAUGCAGAACAUCCCCGUUGUGCCGCCAUACCCCGGUGACCAGACAACAAUGCCCUCUGCACCGUCGGGAGAGGUUGAUGUCGACUCUUUUCCACCACCGCCGCCUCCUCCAAAACAGCAAUCGAGCGCGUUCGCCGCUCUGCAGAAAGGAGGCGACCUGGAGAGGAGAGCUUCCCGGCGAUACUCGCAAUACCAAAUAUCCAAGCACUUGGGCAGCGCCAUGAAUGGCGUGCCUAUGUUGCCAUCGCAGAACUCGCCCAUACCCAAUCGCGGCCGAGGCGAAGUACGGGAGUCUCUGCGUGCUGUUCAGACCCGGGAGACUGUCCGUCAGAGCCGCGUCUCAAAGCAGCCGCAGUUGGAUGCGUCACCUGUGAGGGCUCCAAGCCGUACCAAUGAAGUGCCUCUGGCCGAACUGCCAGCGGCCAGACCCGAGAGCCCAACGAUUCAGACACCCGAAGACAAGUAUCCCAAACCUAGCGCUACCUUGAAGGGUCCUCUGAGCGAGGACCUCCCUAUCAUGUCUCCCGAUGAAGAUCGCAAACCUGAACCCCCCAACAAGGAUGAGCCAAAAGAGUCUCCGGGGGUCAAGACGCCCGAAAAGAAGCGAGACGCCACCUUCCUUCACGAACAAUCGCCGCCGCUGACGACCGACCUAACUUUGUUUUUGCAGUACAAGUCAAAGGUCAAGAAAUUCGUGCUACCUGAGGGUUACAGCGAGCUCUCUAUUGGGCGUCUCCAGCUGGCGUUCAUCGAGAAGUUCUCCUGGAACACGCAGGCCAAUGGCGCUGACCUGCCGGAAAUUUACAUCCAAGAUCCCGUAUCGGGGGUCAGACACGAGCUUGAGGACCUCUCGGACAUCAAGGAUCGAACAGUCUUGGUGCUUAACGUUGAGCCACUUGACGAAGUCAAACGUCACAUUGACGAAGGCAUUGGGCAGCUCAAGAAGAUUGUACAGGACGUGAAGCAGAAUAUGGACGACCAGGGUCUGGCGAUACAGCGAGUCUCGGAACGCCAACAAGAGGCGGCCACGGAGAUGGCAAGGCUGGCUUCCGCUCCACCUGUUGUCGCGGCGCCUACUGACGGAUCCAAGUCGGUUGGCGUUGCCGGCGGCCGUAAGCUCGCUGCGGGGCACAUUACCGAAAUCCAAUCUCUUCGUCGUGACCUGGCCGUCAUGCGGCAAGCGUACUCUAACUUCCAGUCGGAGAUCCAGGGCUCCAUGUCGGCUAUUCGCGCCAAGGCAAGCAACGUUAAGGCGGCCGUGGUCAAGGCUUCAAUUCCCACUAUCGAGGGCGAGACCGGCCAUGCCUACGUCACUAAGGGCCGUGAACAGCUAAACGCGGACUCUGACCGGCUUGUCACCAAGGUCGACGACUUGCAAGAUUUGGUGGAGGACCUCCGGAAGGACGUGGUUCACCGUGGUGUGCGGCCGCUGCCUAGGCAGCUGGAGACCGUCGCCAUGGACAUUACGAAACUUUCAAAGGAGCUGAAGAAGGUGGAGGAUUACAUGAAGGAAGAGAAGCCCAUCUGGACCAAGAUCUGGGAGAAGGAGUUGGAGGACGUCUGCAAGGGCCGUGAUGAGCUGCGCCUUAUGGAGGACCUCAUGAUUGAUCUUCAGGACGAUUUGGAGAAGGCAUCAGAGACUUUUGCACUAGUCGAGCAGGCCACCAAGGAGCAACUGAAGGACAAUGGAUCCACCGCCAGCGCCGGCACCGCUCGUAACUUCUCCAAGGGUCUGAACAGCCUCGGAAACAGCUCCGACCCCAAUGCAGCCAAGGACGGUGUUCUUGGGGAGGUGAGGGCACUACAGCCCAACCACGAGAACCGGCUCGAAGCCAUUGAACGGGCAGAGAAGCUGAGACAAAAAGAGCUUGAGGGCCGAAAGGGUAAUGAACUCCAGAGGGAGCUCUCAAAUUUUGUGGAGGAGGGCAAGCUCAAGAAGUCGGGCGGUUUCGAGGAGGUGGAGAGAGCCCGGAAGGCUAAGGAUGAUAUGAUCAGAAGGCAGGUUUGGGAGAGACAGAACGGCAUCGUUGCCGAGGAGGGAGAAGAAGAAGUCGAAUACGAAGAGGUAGAAGAGGAAGAGGAAGAAGAAGAGGAGGGAGAGCCAGGGGAGGCCAACGGCACUGAGGCUGCGGCCGACGCAGACAAGGCCGCUGCGCCAGCGCCACCAGCGGCCUAG